GCUGCAGCAGUGGACCGGCUGCCUGCUCGGUCCAUGGGUCCAGACGACCCUCCGAGGAAACUAAACAUGCCUUUUCGGUUAAAGUUGCUUUAAAAAAAAUAAGAAAUAAAAAAAGGCUGCUUUAAAAAAAAAAAAAAAAAGACUAACCAUGUGGAGAGUUCAAGGUUUCGUUGGAAGAGUUCUGCACCGAUACCAUGGCAGCAACCCCCUGCGACUGCCCCAGAACCAGGGCCAGUCUCAGGGACUGGGGGAUGUUGAGAUCAUUAACAACUCUGUUGUGCUCUCCACCUCUCGACACUCUUCCGACGGCAGCUCUCAAAAAGAGGAGGAUGGAGAGAAGAGGAAGAAACAGAGGACCUUUCAUCUUGGCUUUGCUGAGCUUCCACAUUACACAGCCCUGGAAGCUGUGGGAUGGGGUGCUGCAGCAGUUCUGUUCAUGCAGAUCUGCAGGAGGAUCCACUCCCAGUUCUCCUCGAGCUCUGAGUCGAGUCCGAUCCCUGGAGCCCUGAUGGCCCCCUCCGCCCUGCACAAGUGUGGCUACCGCAUUCUGCUGGAGAUCUUGUCUAGACGAGAUGUCCUUCCCAGAGGAAGGAGUGUGUUGUGUCUGCAGGAGGUGCAAAAGAGACAGAACCAAGAUCAGGAGCAGAGCAGCAGCAGCAGCAGCAGCAUCAGCAGCAGUUCAGGUGAUCCGAGUCUUCACAGCAGCAGUGAGCAGGUCCAUCUGACUGCUGACUGCUCCAUCUCUGACCAGCAGAGGGCACUCCUGAACCAGGAUUCUCCUAUACACGAGGAAUCACUUUUGUCAGCAUCCUGUCCUCUGCAUAAUGAUGCCAACCGAGACAACACAGAGACAAAAGAUGCCAAUGACAAGGACAUGCUGUCUGAUGAGGAGAAGCUGACAGGAGCAGCACUGAAUCUCAGACAUGUGGGAGAUUCCAGCAUUCCUGUUAUCUUCAACAUCAUUGGUUUAGAAAGUACCAAGAGUGAACACUACGAGCAGGCUUUUACAUGUUUCUUAGCUGCAGCUCAGCAAGGUUACAGCAAGGCCCAGUUCAACACGGGUGUGUGCUAUGAGAAAGGCAGAGGAGUCUUCAAAGACAAAGACAAGGCUCUGUAUUACUACGGGAUGGCAGCAGCUGGUGGUCACAGACAGGCUCAGUACCGCUAUGCAAAGCUGCUUCUGACCAGCAGAGGGCACCAGAGUUUAGAGGAGCUGAACACGGCCAUCGACUUCCUAGAACAGGCUGCUGCAGCUGGACUGAGCAAGGCUCAGGUGUGCCUGGCCUCGGUCUACACUCAGGAGCCAGUGAGAGACGGGAGCAGGUCUGUCCAGUACCUGCAGAUGGCAGCAGAGAGCGGAGACGACACCGCCCUGCUGUUUUUGGGUCAAUGCUUUGAAAGCGGCUUUGGGGUGCAGCAGAAUCCGAGGACAGCAGCUGAAUACUACAAACGAGCAGCUCAAGCAGGAAACAAGCAGGCUAAGAGCUUACUGACGCCUCUGAAUGAUACACUCAAUAAGGUGUUGCGCUGCAUCCGUUCGGCUCCAUGUUUCCCUGCAGCCGACCAGUGGCUCCAGCAGCCGCUCUCCUCUCUAGCCAGUCGUGUCCCUCCCUCCUCCAGCCGCCCUGUCACCCUUCCCCUCCUGCCUCACUCCUGGAGCACGGGGAGCCUGUGUGUCCCCCGGCACUGUCCUCCACACCUUUUCACCUCCAUCCUCAAAGCACAGAGGGAGGAGCCUGCCAGUGGACUGUAGGGAUCGGAUAGUUCUCAUGAGCCAGCACGAGUCAAACUGAGGAAAGUUUUUCAUAGCGUGAAUGUAUUUUAAUCAAAGGAGAAAGGUCAAGGUGUGUAAGGUGUGUAAAUAUUUGCGAAGUCUGAAUUAGAGUGAAUCGAUUUUUAUACUUCAAGCAUGUGUGUGUAGACAUUUUGUUGGAGAUGUUUUAUGGCUGAAAGAGUUGUUGGAUAAAAGGUUUUACAAUAUUAUGUUGAACGAAAUAUGCAAGCUUUUUUUAUUAUUUGUUUUUGUGAUAUUAAGUUCCCCUGUGAGUAAGAAAUGUGAUCUAUGUGCCUUUUGGGGACGUUGAGACCCUUAUGUGGGUGUAAAUCACGUUUAAAAAAAAAGGCUCAUUAUAAUUGUGUCUGCUCUAUGGCCGAAACUAACAAAGUGCUUUAAAUCGUAGUCGUAUAUAAUAGUCAUAUCUUAAUGUUCAGUAAUACUGUUACUGUAUCUUUGUAAAAGAACACAAAGAGAAAAGCUUUAUGAUAGUCCAAACUGUUAACUAUGAACUGAUGCACUGUGAGGAGGAUAUUGUACUGAGAAAGACAUAUGCUUAGUAAAACUAUUAAAAAAA